AUGUAUUUGAAUGGAUCAGUUUUUUCACUGAAAUUAACUCUGCACUCUUUGGAUCUGCCUGAGACAUCCAUUUACCCUGCAUUCAUAUUCGGCACCACAACAUACUUGGCAGUCUUAAUCUGCAAUCUAACAAUUAUUAUAACUAUUUUCUUGAACAGAAAUCUUCAUAAACCAAUGUAUAUUUUGUUGCUAAACAUGCCUGUUAAUGACAUUAUGGGUUCUUCAAUGCUUUUUCCUCAGCUGUUGUAUAGCAUAUGGUCUCAGGACAGAUCAAUUUCCUACCCUGUCUGUAUAUUUCAAGGGUUUUGUGUGCACAUGUAUGGUAGCACAUCUUACUUAAUUCUUACCGCUAUGGCCUUUGACAGGUAUACUGCCAUAUGCUGGCCGCUGAGAUACCAUGCCAUCAUGACUACUGAUAACUUAGUGAGGAUUAUAACAGGAAUGUGGUUCUUUAAUAUUAUUAUCAUGUUUGUAAUUUUUGCUCUUCUAAUGCCUUACAGGAUUUGUCAGACACAGAUGACAGAUCUCAUCUGCUAUAACCCACCUUUAAUGAAAAUUGUAUGUGAAAACACACAAGUGAACAACAUCUAUGGGUUGUUUACUAUGGUAUUAUACCACUUUAUUUCACUUUCUGUCGUGUCUUUUACCUACAUUCAUAUACUGAUCACUUGUAUUACAAAGAAGCAGUCUGAUGCAAAGAUUAAGGCCCUUCAAACGUGUGGUACUCAUCUGGUGGUCUUUCUGUUUUUGGAGUUCAACACAUUUUUUCCUCUUAUUGCACAUCGAUCUGAAUAUGUUCCAGCGUAUCUGCGCAGGGUUUUUUCUAUAUCUGUUUUAAUUUUUGCUCCCAUUGUAAAUCCACUCAUUUAUGGUUUAAAAACUAAAGAAAUCAGACAGAAAAUUAUCACUUGUUUUAAGAGAAAGAGAAGCAGUGUCUGA